AUGAGUCAUGAAGAUCGACAACGUCUUCUCUGCUCUAGCUGUGGGCGUAAUGGUCAUGUAGCCGAGAACUGUUUUCGCACUCCUGGCUAUCCUGAUUGGUGGGGUGAUCGUCCCAGAAACAAGAAUACUCUUGGUCGUGGCGGUGGAAACUCAACGAGUCGUGGAACCUCAGCGUGUCGCGCUCCGUCCACCAAUCAAGCACCUCCAGCUCGUGCGAAUGCUGUCACUACCUCCGAUCGUCUCGGUUUCAGCGGACUAAAUGAUGAGCAGUGGAAGUCGUUGGUUGAAUUUCUUGAUCAACGAGCUACGAAUCAUAUGACUGGUUCACUUGAUUAUCUUACGGAUCCUCAUGAUAUGGCUCCUAUGUCAGUUAAAUUACCGGAUGGACGAUUUACUGUUGCUAGUAAACAAGGUUCAGUUCGUCUAGGAUCUCAUCUCACACUUCAGAACGUGUUAUUUGUGGAUGGACUACAUUGCCAUCUGAUUUCAGUGUCUCAGUUGACUAGGGAACGGACUUGUGUUUUACAGAUUACUGAUGAGCUUUGCAUUAUUCAGGACCGCAUGUCGAAGAACCUGAUUGGGGCGGCUGAGCAAGCUCGUGGAUUAUACUUUUUUCGAGAGAUUGAGGCAGUAGCGGCAGCAUAUCAGAUGGAGUUUGCUUCUUACGACAUCUGGCACAAGCGCCUAGGACAUCCCUCUUCAAAAGUCAUGGAUCUUUUAUCGUUUUCUAGUUCUGGUUUUGAUAAACAUAGUUUUUUAUCUAAGACGUGUGAGACUUGUUUGAGUGCCAAGCAAACACGAGAUGUUUUUUCUACUAGUAUCAAUAAAACAAAUGAUUUGUUUCAAUUGGUUCACGUUGACUUAUGGGGUCCUUACCGGACGACUGCUCUUUGUAGAGCUCGCUAUUUUCUUACAAUCUUGGAUGAUUACUCUCAUGGACUAUGGUUAUACUUACUUCCGUCUAAACAUGAUGUUUCCAAAACGAUAAAGAACUUCAUUGCUUUAGUGGAACGCCAAUUCGACAAAACAGUAAAGACAGUUCGUAGCGACAAUGGCUCGGAGUUUGUUUGCUUAUCCGAGUAUUUUCGUGAACACGGGAUUAUUCACGAAACUUCUUGUGUUCACACUCCACAACAAAAUGGACGAGUGGAGCGUAAACAUAGGCACAUACUUAAUAUUGCUCGAGCCUUGAGAUUUCAAUCUCAUUUACCGAUUGAGUUUUGGGGAGAAUGCGUCUUAACUGCGGCUUAUCUUAUCAACCGCACACCAACUCCGCUGUUACAAGGAAAAAAACCGUUUGAGCUGAUACAUAACAAAACCUCCUACUCUUCAUCAUUUACGACUUUACAAUCUGGUUACUGGCGUGACAUUUUCUUCCAGAAAUGUUGUGCUGAUUUUCCAUAUCCUAUACCUACACGAACAGAGAAAGUUCCUCUGUUUUCUCCGAAUUUGGCUGAGGAUUUUAUUGGGAAUCAUCCUCUCCUUGAAUGGCCCGACUUACCUGACUCCACUGAUGCUCCAGUCUCGUUAGAUACAUCACUGGUUUUGCCUACAUCUCCAUCUUCUGCUGUUCCUUCACCUGCAGAAGAACAACCUGCAGUUUCUGAUCCUCAUGAUUCACCUCAGACCUCUGUUUUACCUGAUUCUGUUUUGGAAGAAACUAAGAUUACCACAGACAGGGAGGGAGAUGCUAUUACAGAAAGGGAGGGUGAUGUUUCUUCUCCUGCUCCUGAAGUGCUUGGUCGAGGUCGUCGUACACGUCAUUUGCCUACCAAACUUCACGACUAUGUUCUCCAAACUACAGCAUCUCCUCCGCUGACUUUUGAUGAAGCAAGUUUUGCAAUUACCAACUAUAUCGAUUGUGGGCAAUUCUCAGAAGCUCACCGUGUUUAUUUGGGUUGCUAUAACAGCAGGUAUUGA